CAAAGAAUUCAAAGCCUAUUUUCAUACCACCAACUUUCUUCUCCAUUAAUACACACUCGAACAGCGAAAAGGGUUCUUCUUUUCGUCUCUUCUUCUUUCUUUUUUUUUUUUGUUGUUUUUUAAAGGAGUUUCAAUAUCAUAAGGUUUAUCACCAUAGAUACACACCAUCCCAUCCUUAACCUUUUUCCUUCCCUCCAAAAGAUAAUCGAAGAGGAAAAUGGGUCUAAGAGACAUUGGAGCAACUUUGCCUCCAGGUUUCAGAUUUUACCCUAGCGACGAAGAAUUGGUAUGCCACUAUCUCUACAAAAAAAUUGCAAAUGGAGAGGUUUCCAGAGAUACCCUAGUGGAAAUUGACCUCCAUACUUGUGAGCCAUGGCAGCUUCCUGAUGUGGCAAAGCUGAACUCAAACGAGUGGUACUUCUUCAGCUUUCGGGAUCGCAAGUAUGCAACCGGCUUCCGAACUAACAGGGCGACAACCACGGGCUACUGGAAGGCAACCGGUAAAGAUCGUACGGUGCUGGAUCCCACGAGAAGAAGCAUAGUAGGGAUGAGAAAGACGCUGGUUUUCUACAGAAAUAGAGCUCCAAACGGGAUCAAAACGGGUUGGAUCAUGCAUGAAUUUCGCCUCGAGAACCCUCACGUACCACCUAAGGAAGAUUGGGUGCUGUGCAGAGUAUUUCACAAAGCCAAAGUCGAAAGCGCCGAUAAUGACGUGUAUGAUGCGACGGCUGCUGGUGGUGGCUGUGGCGGAGGGGGUGAUAUUUCUCCCACUUUCGCUGCGUCUCCUCCCAAUAUUGAUCAUUGUACGACGGGAGGCUAUAACCAGAAUUCUUCGUUCUCCCAAAGUCCACCCCAUCAAAGCCAGAACUCCAGCAGCACUGCUGCUCUUCCAAACAUGAUGUCCGCUGUGUUGAGUCGCAAUUAUCUCCAGUCGUCAUCUCAGGAAUUAUGUGUAACUCCGUCGCGGAAUGAUCAGAUGGUGCAUUCCAAGUCGGAGCUGGAUGAGUAUGGAUUUCUCUUUAACAUGAACUUUGGAGAAGCAAAUUUGAGAGAUGGAGGAGUCCCUUCAGGUCUUGAGGAAAUGCACUUUGACGACGACAGCAGCCUGGUUUUCAUUUAAGAGUGCACGAUUAUCUUAGGAGGCGGAUAAACAAAAAAAAAAUUAAAAAAAAAAAAAAAAAAAAGAUGUGUUAAUGGAUUAUUCAUUAUGAGGCCUAGUCGUGUCCAUGAGUUUGAUUCUUCACAAGAUUGAUUCUACAGAAUUUGAAAUGCAUGCACGUAGCUAGUGAUAUCUGUAUAUAGGUUUAUGCAAUUGCGUCAAAGUUAGUGCUAAAAUUUGUAGUAGUAGUAGUAGUAGUAGUAGUAGUAGUAUUCUAGAUUGCAGGUAUGUGAAUUGUGAUGGACAAGUCAGGUAAGUAAAUAUUUACUACGUACACUCUGUAAAUUCAAGAAUAUAUAUUACUCUGUUUGUGUUCAUUA